AUGUCAAACGACAUAAAAAAUAAAAUUGCUUUAAGACCAAAGGAACCGGCUAUCAGAGGAAAACCGGUUGAAGUUAUUGUUAAUUAUGUAGCAAUAACAAAAAGUUUCAAAUAUCCUACUGUUCACUCUUAUACCUUAGACGUUAAACCUCAACAAGGAAAAAAAGCAAAAAGAGAAGAAGCUGAAGCUGUUUUUUAUCAAUUACUUAAUAAUAAAGAGUUUGGCCAAGAUGUUUCUCCAGUAUAUGAUGGUAGCAUGAUAUACUCUUUUAAUAAACUUUGCAAUGGCAAAGAUUAUAAAACAUUUUCUCGGAUUAAUAUUCCUCUACCAGACGGUGCUGGUCGUGCAAAAAGUUUUUCUGCCGUACUUAAAUAUAAUAACAGAUGUGAAACUUAUCAGAUGGCUGAAUAUGUCAAAAUGAACUCAAACCAACGUUGGGGAGAUGAUAUUCAGAAUAGUCUUCGUAUUCUUAAUGCUUUUAUUAAUUCGGAUGUUAGAGCACAAUAUCUUACACAUGGAAGAAAACAAAUUUUUCCAAAACCUGACUCUGGAAAGCGGUUAUUUUUGCCAGGUGGAAUCGAACUAAUGCCUGGUUUCUUUCAAAGUAUUCGUCCUGGAUGGGAAAAACUUCUUAUUAAUAUUGAUAUAUGUGCUACAACAUUUUAUCCAUCUGGUCCAUUGAUCGAUUUGAUCCCUAAAAUCCUUAGAAAUAUAAGAUCUAAAGAUCAAUUACGACGAGGGCUUUCUUCCGAUGAAAUUGUAUCUCUUGAAAAUUUUCUUAAAGACCUUAGUUUCACAACAACAUAUCGUUCUGCCCACAACUCAAAACCAAAAAAGAAAGUUUCUUAUAUUACUAAAAAACCUGCACAAAAUCUUAUGUUUAAUUAUGAAGGAAAAAAUAUUAGUGUUAGUCAAUAUUUUCGUGAUUCAGAAACGCCAUUAGAAUUUCCUUUGCUUCCAUGUGUCGCCGUCAAGGCAACUAAACGUGGACAAAGUGAUGCUUAUUAUCCUUUAGAAAUUUGCCAAAAAUAUAAAGUUAAACUUGAAUUGGAUCAAAGAAAAGAUAUGAUCAAAAAGACUGCUAUUGGUCCAUCUGAUCGAUUCGAAAGAAUCACUGGUGCUCGUCUAGAUAUAUACAAACACUCAGAAAAUGAUGCGAUGAAAUCAAUUGGAAUGGAUGUUGGAAAGGAUUAUUUAACAACUACAUCAAGAGUUCUUGAACCACCGCCGCUUACUUGCACUCUUGAUAAUAAAGAAAUUAUCCCUGAGUCAGGUUCAUGGAGUCCGGCAACAUUACAUAGUUGGUCCGUUGUUUGUUUUGAUGUGAACUUAAAGAAAGAACAUGUUGAACCUGCGAUUAAAUGUUUAAUAGAAUCAUUAGUUGAAAAGGGAUUGAGAGUCAACCGACCUCAGAAAAUUAUGCAGGGAAAUCCUCAAAAUUGCAAAGCUGCUCUUACUUCUGCCGCAGUAGGCGCAGACUCAAAAAAGAGUCCACAGCUCAUUGUUUGUAUUCUUGCGAACAAAAUAAAUGGUAUUUCUGGUCUUUAUGCUGAAAUAAAGAAGAUCUGCAUAACUGAAUUGGGUGUUCAUUCUCAGUGUUUUCAAAGUAAGGAGAUUGGUGAAUCUCAAUGGAGGUCAAUUUGUUAUAAUGCCUCUUUGAAAAUAAAUGGAAAACUUGGUGGAACAAAUUCUCGAUUAAUUCCAAAACAACUUGAUUUUAAAGGUGCGAAACCAUAUAUGAUUAUCGGCGCAGAUGUGUUCCAUCCUAGUAUUGAAGAUAAAAAAAAAGGCCGCCCAAGUGUUGCAGGCUUAGUUGCGUCCAUGGAUCAAUUUGCAACAAAGUAUAUUGGACGAUAUAGUAUGAACGAAAAGUUAAAAAAUGAAGUAAUCGAAGGAAUUGGUAGCAUAUUCAUAGAUUUUGUUAAAGUAUUUUUUGAGAAAACAAAUAAUAAGUACUUCCCAGAAGCAAUCUUAUUUUAUCGGGAUGGUGUUGCUGAAGGACAGUUUGAGAUUAUUAUGGAAGAUGAAGUUAGUAAGAUACUAGAUGAGCUUAAAAUUUUCUAUGAAUCCCAUGGACGUAAACCUCCAAAAUUGACAGUUAUAAUUAUGCAAAAGCGGCAUCAUACUAGAGCUAAACCAAAGGAUGAUUCCAAUGUUGAUCCUAAAGGUAAUGGAAACUGUCAACCCGGAACUGUUAUAGAUAAAGAUAUUGUCGUCCCACAAUAUUUUACUUUUUAUUUGCAAUCUCAUUCUAGUCCACUUGGGACAGCUAGAUCUGCGUAUUACCAUGUUAUCUAUGAUGAAAUAGGGUUUUCUCAGGAUGAAAUGGAAACUCUUACCUACAAAUUAUGUUUCUCAUCUGUAAGGUGUAAUCUUUCUUUGUCAAUGGUAACACCAUUACACUACGCUCAUAAUCUUGCAAAUCUGGCAAAAAAUUUGGUUACGUAUGAGGAAUUCCCUCCUAAACCUGUAGGCCGUCGUUCUGCUCCACCAACACCUGCGCCAGAAUUUGUCAAAAAUGGAAAGCAAUAUUAUGCUCAUAAUAACAUCAAGAACACAUUAUAUUUUGCUUAA